AUGGGAGAUCUAGAAUUCGCAAAAGUUCACAACUCAGCUAUCUUUCAUGAAAAUUCUCCAACAGCUCACAAUGAUCUAAAAUUCAUUGUUGAAGGACUGAAGAAAUGUUAUCUGGUUCAUGCUUUAACAACUAGCCCGACAAUUUAUCCGAAUUUGAUGAAAGAUAUCUGGAGAAGUGUAGUCGUGAAGAAGGAUGGCAAAGACGAAAAGUACCUUGAAGCCACUAUACAAGGAAAGAAUAUUCAAGUUUUAGAAAGUAUUAUUCGAGAAUCACUUCAAAUUGAUGACAUACCAGAAUAUUCAAUGGAAAUUGAUGUACAUCAAACUGAAGAUGUUCUAGACCACAUGGGGUAUGAGGGAACAUUUCCUCCUACCAUCAAGAAACUGCUUCCUCCCUACUGGAAAUAUUUAGCUCAUGUAUUUGUGAGCUGUAUUUCUGGUAGGAGAUCUGGUGCGAACGAAAUCUCUCUGGUGAACAUAGGAGCCAUCGUAGCUUUGGCUUCGGGAUUUGAGUUUAAGUUUUCAAAGUUUUUCCUACACGAACUGGUUCUGAAUACUGAAAGAAACAAGAGAGACAAAUUUUUGGUGUACCCAAGAUUUCUUCAGAUUAUUUUCAAUGCCAUGCAUCGUGAGCUUCAAAGAGGAAAUGAGACAUUGGAUCUUAAAUCUGUUGGUCCAUGUGUAUUUGGAUUAAUGAAGCAUAAACGAGGAGGAAAGUUUGGUUUUGAAGGGAAAUUUCCCUUAAUAAAAUUUGGAAUUUUUGCUGAAGAUAGUGAUCAAUCAGACUCGGAAGAUCAAUCAAUUCCUACAGAGACUAAAGACGUUGUGAUUUCAACUUCUGAGCCGGAAAUUGAAGAGGUUCAUGUUUCUCCUAUAGCUGUAGUGGUUGAGGAUUAUGAUCAGUUACAUCAUGUGGAAGUUGAAACACAAUCUAUCCAGGAAGAAGAUGAUGAAGAUCUUAAUGAUGAUGUGGAGUUUUUGAAAGAGAUAGACUUCACCGGGAUUAGUGAUGAUAUUCCUACAAACAUCGAACUCGAUCUUGAUGAUGACGAGUUUGGUCCAUUUUUGGGGCGUGACAACGGCUGUUUUAGAAAGGUCAAUGAAUUUGCUUCUUCAACAAGCAAGACUAGGGAAGACAUUAAUGUUCUCAAGAUUUUACUCUCCUCUUCCAAGCCUUUGGAGAUUUCUUCAAGUCAAAGAGAUGUGAAUUCAGCGAUUCCUCCCUUUAUUUCAACUAUCUCUACUUAUGCUCUACUUAUUUUUUAA